AUGUAAAUAUUUAUAGGCAUUUUGCUUGCUUUAAAAAUCGUCUAAGCAUAGGAUUGCUCAUUCCUUCUCUAAAAAACUUAACCAACUACUACACCUCUGGGCUACUCCUGCAAAAUUAAUACAUCUGUAAAUUUCAGUGAUGCUUAAAUUUAAGAUACAACCAAGUAUAAAUUAAGGGCAGCUAAUUUUUAUGGCAAUGUCACGGGCGCAAUAGUUAGUAUUAGAUAACCUACGUGUGAUAAUUUAAUUUAAACAAAUGAUCAAAAUUAUCAAAGCAUAAAUUUUGAGAUUAAUGGAGAUAGCACGUUAUAGUAUAUAAAUAAUAUAUACAUAAGCUUUAAUUUAUAUAGCCCCAUUAAACCUGUAUUAUUAAAUUUUACUUCAAGUUGGAAUUCAUAAGCGUAAUAAACUCUAUCUUUAAAUGUUUCAGAUUACCCCCGUGAUUAACCACCUACUUGCCAUUAUUUUCGUGUAUAAAAUGUAUUCGCAAAUAUAGAUUUGACUAGCUUAACAAAUAAAUUUAGUUCAAGUUCCAUUCUUAUUACUAGAUUUUUAGAUUAAACUAAUAUGGCUUUAAUUUGGGUUUCAAAUUUAUAGGUUCUGAUUUACUACAAAUGUCCGAUUGGAUGCAUGGGUGAUUGUCCUUCGGGGAAUUGCCAAUCUUGUUAAAGCGGCUACGAUCUUAUCAGUGGUUCGUGUGUAUUAAAGUGCGGUUAAAGAUAAUACUCGAAAGUAGUAGAUGCCUCUUCAUAAUAAACUUGCUAACCCUGUCUUACUAAUUGCAAUUUAUGUUCUAAUGGGAGUACUUGUACAAAUUGUGAUAGUGGUUAUACUUAUGCUGUCGUUAAUGGUUCAAAUUAGUGCUAUCCAUCUUGUACCUAACCUAACCAGUAUAUUGAUCCAUAAGGUAAUUGCCAAAACUGUAUGUAAUAUUGCAGCAAUUGCAGCACAGCAACUUAUUGUACAGCUUGUUUUACAGGAUUCAUUUUGAAUGCUAACAAUUCUUCUUGUUAAUGUAACGGUUAUAUUAACAAUAAUCAAUGCCUUCCUUGUACUUCUCCUUGCUAAACUUGUACUGAUAGCUCAAUUUCAAGCUGCCAAUCCUGUAUAAAUAAUUACUACCUUGUUAAAGAUUAUCCAAAUUAGUCUUAAUCUUAAUGUCUUUAAAUAUGCCCUAAUAACUAUUAACUAAUCAAUAAUACUUGCAAAUUAUGUAUUUAGACUAUUUACAACAGUUGUUUUAAUUGCCCUAGUACUUGUAGAUCUUGCUCUCCAUCUUAGACUAACAAGUGUUAAGAUUGUUAUCCUGGAAUGCAGCUUAAUAGUAAUAAUUUAUGCGAACCUUCGCCAUAACCCGGACUAUAAGUAGAUAGUAGAAAUCUCAACUUUUAUUAUUGUAGCUAAAAUAAUAUAGCAGUUGUUUAGGCUACUUUUUCAAGCUCAAGUCCAACAUUAACUCUGGAAUUCGGAAUUAAUUUAGUUCCUAUACCUGGGCUAUAAUGUAAUUAAAUAUUUGACGCUGUUACGCUAAAUUUGCUAGGCUCUAGUACAUGCUCUAUCAAUUUAUCAUAAAUCAUUGUCACAUUAAGUUAAGAUGCUAAUUUAAUGGUUAACUAAGUCAUAACUAUAACUACCACUGCUUAGAUACUUUAAUUCUAAGGAGUUAGUUCAAAAAUUGAUACAAUUUAUUUGAUUUCUUAUGUUUAGCAACCAGUUACUCCUUAAGUGAAUGUUCUAUACAAUUAAGUUGUAAAUUCUUGUAAUGACAUCUAAUUCUAAAUUUAAACACCAUAAAAUGAUGCAGGAAGAGGUUUCUUAAAUAUAAAAUGGAUAUUAUCUAACCCGUAAAAUUUCAGUUAAACAGUUAUGCUGACCUUAUUAGAUAUUAUAACUACAGCUAAUGAUAAUCAAAAUUUUACUUUGUUUAUCCCAAAAUAAACUAUUCCCGCAAAUACUGACAUAUCUAUUAAGAUCUCCUACACUCUCAAAGUCUCUUAAAGCAACACCUUGUCUUUUACAACCACAUAUUAAUAAAAGAAGCAAAUUUUUAUAAGCCAAAUUUAAAAUAAUUAUCCUCCAAUAUAUAGGUAUAUAGACUUGUAAAUCACAUAUUUUUUUACUAUCUAAUCAUGUGAUUUGAAUGGGAUUCAAUAUUUUUAAGAUUAGAUUGAAAUCUAAAUUACUUCAUCAGCUCUACCUUCUCUUAACAAAAGUUUAACUAAAUUCAAUGAACCAUAAAUAUUAUUAGAAGUACAACCUUAUGCUAUACCUGCUAGUAUAAAUUUAGAUAUUUAGGUUUCUGUGUAAAUUAGUAGCGAUGCAUCUAUUAGUAAUACAAAUACUUUAUCUGUACCUUACACGGUAACAUAACUUUAGACUCUGAUCUAAAAUGGAUCUGAUAUGCUUGUUAAUUAUAAAAACAAUCUUACUCUAAUUGGAUUGGCACGAGAUUAUGAAAUUUAAGAUCCUAACACUUCACAAGGAAUACAACUAAGUUGGCAUUGCAGAUCUUUGUAAGUAUAAAAUGGGGAUAAUUAAUGUUACACAUAUAAAAAGGAAGUUUAUGUACCAUAAAAUACUUAGAAUAUUACAAUCGAUGGUGGUACUUUCAACCCUUAUUAAAUCCUCAGCUUCACUAUUUAAGGAUCUAAAGAUUCUAGAACUUCCUAGUAUAGCUCUUUAAUUAUUUUCGCAGAGACGGAUCUUCCUCCUCUCUUGGUUGUAUUUGAUGACCCUAGGUAAUUAUAAUAGAUUAACAUAAACGAAGAUAUUCAUGCAACUCUUAUUUAUGGCUCAAAUGUACCUUCGGACAUUCUAACUUAUGCUGGAGCAAUUCUCUACAAUAAUUUAGUUGUAGGAGUAAUUAAAUUUGAUUAUUAUAAACUUAAAUUUAGAAUUUGGGAUUAUUUUUCUGAUAUAAAAGCAGAUAAUAUAAUUGUUCAAAUCAGAUUUACUGUAUAUAACCCUGCCAAUAUAAUGCCUAGUUUAAGUGUAACAAACUUUAAUAUAAACUUAGCUCCUUCAAAUUGUGUUCUUUCUGUUACUCCUUCAAGUGGUCAGGCUUUAACUACCUAAUUCACUAUUCAAUUUAAUGGUUGCGUAGCCCUUAAUAAUCCUAUAACUUACUAAUUAUUCUAUUAUAACCAGACCUCUGAUGCUUUAAAAGAAAUUUAAAUCCCUUAAAAUAUCCUAAGAAGAUAAUUACAGGAUUAGAGUUUACAGUCCAAAAUUAUUACCAAUCUCCCUUCAGGAAAUAUAGUAAUUAUGGGUCAAGCUAUGGAUUCUUACUUAGCUGUCUUUAAUACUACUAUUUAAGUGAAUGUUUCUCCAUUCUAGGGAGAUGAGUAGACAUUAUUGAGUUUAAUAGGUUCGGCACUUUCAUAGUAAAAUAUAAAAGUAAAUUAAAUGCUCAUUAAUUUAUGCAUUAUUGGUGAAGAAAUAACUAAGAACACUGCUCUUUACAAUCUAGAUUCUAUUAACUUCAGAAAGUAAAUGUUAGUAUAGUCGAUUAUAAGCUAUUCAAAUAGGCUUUAGAGUAAUUCUUUUUUGUCUACUUAUGGAAAUAAAGUUGUAGCAGCUCUUCAAGCUUCCAUAAAUAAUAAUUAUCAAACUUAAAGUUAUAAAGUCCUUGACUAUGUUAAUACAACUUUACAAAAUUCACAGCAAAAAAUUGCAAAUUAAAACAAUAAUAAUAAAUUAUUUAACAAUAACGAUAUUGUUCUAUAGAAUUUGAUUGAUUGCUUUAAAAUGUUGAACUCAACUACCCAAGAGGCAUCAUAAGACUCUUUUAAAUCCCUUUCUUCUAAUCAAACCAUGUUGCAACAACAAAUGGAUUUAUCAGACUAAAUAGGAAAUCUAUUAAACAAAAUUACCCUUCCCAAUUAAGGAGACCUUUAAUUACAAGGAAAUUUAAUCUCUAUAAGCACAGAGUAAAUAACAUCUAAGAAUCUUUAAAAAUACAUGUUUAUAUAAAACUAGCCAUCAUAAAAUGAUUCAAACAUUUAUAAUGUUGUCUUGACUAACUAUUCUAAUAACCCUUUUAUUAAUACUGAAGGCUUUUAGUCAUAUAUAAAUUAACUUUAAAACACGACUCCUGGUAUAUAAGUUUCUAUAAAUUCUGUGGUAAAACCAUUUAUCUAAAAUACAAAUAAUGCCACAGUUAGUUAAGAGUUUAAUAAUUCUCUUAGUCUCUAAUUUUCGAAUAUUAAACCAUCAAAAUAUAAUUUAACUUGCUUGUAGCAAUAAUCUUAAUCUAACUGGACUCAAUCAGAUUGUAAAUUGAUUUAAUCUACCCUAAUUGGAUCAUAUACCUGUGUUUGUAAAAAUCAAAAUCCCACAACAAUUAUAGAAAAUUUAAAAGAUCUUCUUGAUAAUAAAAAUUUAAAAACUGCAUUUGGUUCAUAGGGAAUAUAAAAUAUUUCUAAUUUUACAACAUUCUAUGAGUAUGCUAUAUUUUGGAUUCUUAGUUCAGUUACACUAAUCCAAAUAGGACUCUGCAUUUAUGGUCAUUUGCUAGAUUUUAAGAAUUAAAUUACAUUUGUAGGAUCUAUGUCAAAAAUCAAUCCAAUAUCUUUAGCAAAUUUUGAAAAUUUUGAUUAAAAAGUUACAGAUAAGUAAAAUCAACUGCAACUAAAUUUAUAAAAAUAAGAAUCAGAUAAAUUAUAAUAAAAGGAAUCGACUGUUUUUAUAAAUUACUUGCAAUCAAAAUAAGAAUCUUAAAGAGCUACGCAAUCAAAUAUAAACCUAAAAAGACCUGAAUAUGAUUAUCAAGGAAGUAAAUUAUUUAUUUAAUAAUAAGAAAAUGAUAUAAACAACCAAAAAGUUUAGAACUUAUUGUCUUUACCUGAUAACCAAAGCAUUUAAAGCCUAUAUCUGACUUCAAAAGAUAAUAAAUAGGAAUAAAAAUUGGAUUAACCCAACAUCAUUACUGAAAAUAAAAAAACAAAUAAUAUUGAAGACAAAGGCAAACAAAAUAAAGAAGAAUAAAAGGAUAUAGUUGAAAUAUUAAAAGGAUCAAAAAAUACUCAAAAAUUAAUGGAGACCUCUUUGUUGAAAAAGAUAUUAAUUUUUCACAAUUUUAGCAGUAUUUUCUUUGUUUACAGCAUUUUGCUUGCUUUAAAAAUAGUCUAAGCAUAGGAUUGCUCAUUCCUUCUCUAAAAAACUUAACCAACUACUGCACCUCUGGGCUACUCAUGCAAAAUUAAUACUUCUACUACUUUUGAUGCUGCUAAAAUUUAAGAUACAACCACAUAUAAAUUAAGGGCAGCUAGUUUUAAUGGCGAUUUCGCGAACGCACGUGUUAAUAUUAGAUAACCUAGUUGUGAUAAUUUAAUUUAAACAAAUGAUUCAAAUUAUCAAAACAUAAAUUUUGAGAUUAAUGGAGAUAGCAUGUUAUAGUAUAUAAAUAAUAUAUACAUAAGCUUUAAUUUAUAUACCCCCAUUAAACCUGUAGGAUUAAAUUUUACUUCUAGUUGGAAUUCAUAAGCUUAAUAAACUCUAUCUUUAAAUGUUUCAGAUUACCCCCGUGAUUAACCAACUGGUUGCCAUAAUUUUCGUGUAUAAAAUGUAUUCGCAAAUAUAGAUUUGACUAGCUUAACAAAUAAAUAUAGUUCAAGUUCCAUUCUUAUUACUAGAUUCGAAUAAGAUAAUUCAGUGGCUUUUAUUUGGCUUUCAAAUCUAUAGGUUCUGAUUUACUACAAAUGUCCGAUUGGAUGCAUGGGUGAUUGUCCUUCGGGGAAUUGCCAAUCUUGUUAAAGCGGCUACGAUCUUAUCAGAGGUUCGUGUGUAUUAAAGUGUGGUUAAAGAUAAUACUCGAAAGUAGUAGAUGCCUCUUCAUAAUAAACUUGCUAACCCUGUCUUACUCAUUGUAAUGUAUGUACUAAUGGGAAUACUUGUACAAAUUGUGAUAGUGGUUAUACUUACGCUUUCGUUAAUGGUUCAUUUUAGUGUUAUCCGUCAUGUAUCUAACCUAGCCAGUAUAUUGAUCCAUAAGGUAAUUGCCAAAACUGUAUGUAAUAUUGCAGCAAUUGCGACACAGCAACUUUUUGUACAGCUUGUUUUACAGGAUUCACUUUAAAUGUUAACCAUGCUUCUUGUUAAUGUAACGGUUAUAUUAACAAUAAUCAAUGCCUUCCUUGUACUUCUCCUUGCUAAACUUGUACUGAUAGCUCAAUUUCAAACUGCCAAUCCUGUAUUAAUAAUUACUACCCUGUUAUAAAUUAACCAAAUUAAUCAUAAUUUUAAUGUCUUUAAAUAUGCCCUAAUAACUAUUAACUAAUCAAUAAUACUUGCAAAUUAUGUAUUUAGACUAUUUACAACAGUUGUUUUAAUUGCCCUAGUACUUGUAGAUCUUGCUCUCCAUCUUAGAUUAACAAGUGUUAAGAUUGUUAUCCUGGAAUGCAGCUUAAUAGUAAUAAUUUAUGCGAACCUUCGCCAUAACCCGGACUAUAAGUAGAUAGUAGAAAUCUCAACUUUUAUUAUUGUAGCUAAAAUAAUAUAGCAGUUGUUUAGGCUACUUUUUCAAGCUCAAGUCCAACAUUAACUCUGGAAUUAGGAAUUAAUUUAGUUCCUAUACCUGGGCUAUAAUGUAAUUAAAUAUUUGACGCUGUUACGCUAAAUUUGCUAGGCUCUAGUACAUGCUCUAUCAGUUUAUCUUAAAUCAUUGUGACAUUAAGUUAAGAUGCUAAUUUAAUGGUUAACUAAGUCAUAACUAUAACUACCACUGCUUAGAUACUUUAAUUCUAAGGAGUUAGUUCAAAAAUUGAUACAAUUUAUUUGAUUUCUUAUGUUUAGCAACCAGUUACUCCUUAAGUGAAUGUUCUAUACAAUUAAGUUGUAAAUUCUUGUAAUGACAUCUAAUUCUAAAUUUAAACACCAUAAAAUGAUGCAGGAAGAGGUUUCUUAAAUAUAAAAUGGAUAUUAUCUAACCCGUAAAAUUUCAGUUAAAUAGUUAUGCUGACCUUAUUAGAUAUUAUAACUAAAGCUAACGAUAAUCAAAGUUUUACUUUGUUUAUCCCAAAAUAAACUAUUCCCGCAAAUACUGACAUAUCUAUUAAGAUCUCCUACAUUCUCAAAGUCUCUUAAAGCAACACCUUGUCUUUUACAACCACAUAUUAAUAAAAGAAGCAAAUUUUUAUAAGCCAAAUUUAAAAUAAUUAUCCUCCAAUAUAUAGGUAUAUGGACUUGUAAAUCACAUAUUUUUUUACUAUCUAAUCAUGUGAUUUGAAUGGGAUUCAAUUUUUUUAAGAUUAGAUUGAAAUCUAAAUUACUUCUUCAGCUCUAGCUUCUCUUAACAAAAGUUUAACUAAAUUCAAUGAUCAAUAGAUAUUAUUAGAAGUACAACCUUAUGCUAUACCUCCUAGUACAAAUUUAGAUAUUUAGGUUUCUGUGUAAAUUAGUAGCGAUGCAUCUAUUAGUAAUACAAAUACUUUAUCUGUACCUUACACGGUAACAUAACUUUAGAUUCUGAUCUAAAAUGGAUCUGAUAUGCUUGUUAAUUAUAAAAACAAUCUUACUCUAAUUGGAUUGGCACGAGAUUAUGAAAUUCAAGAUCCUAACACUUCACAAGGAAUACAACUAAGUUGGCAUUGCAGAUCUUUGUAAGUAUAAAAUGGGGAUAACUAAUGUUACACAUAUAAAAAGGAAGUUUAUGUACCAUAAAAUACUUAGAAUAUUACAAUCGAUGGUGGUACUUUCAACCCUUAUUAAAUCCUCAGCUUCACUAUUUAAGGAUCUAAAGAUUCUAGAACUUCCUAGUAUAGCUCUUUAAUUAUUUUUGCAGAGACAGAUCUUCCUCCUCUCUUGGUUGUAUUUGAUGACCCUAGGUAAUUAUAACAGAUUAACAUAAACGAAGAUAUUCAUGCAACUCUUAUUUAUGGCUCAAAUGUACCUUCGGACAUUCUAACUUAUGCUGGAGCAAUUCUCUACAAUAAUUUAGUUGUAGGAGUAAUUAAAUUUGAUUAUUAUAAACUUAAAUUUAGAAUUUGGGAUUAUUUUUCUGAUAUAAAAGCAGAUAAUAUAAUUGUUCAAAUCAGAUUUACUGUAUAUAAUCCUGCCAAUAUAAUGCCUAGUUUAAGUGUAACAAACUUUAAUAUAAACUUACCUCCUUCAAAUUGUGUUCUUUCUGUUACUCCUUCAAGUGGUCAGGCUUUAACUACCUAAUUCACUAUUCAAUUUAACGGUUGCGUAGCCCUUAAUAAUCCUAUAACUUAUUAAUUAUUCUAUUAUAACCAGACCUCUGAUGUACAAAAAGAAAUAUAAAUCCCUUAAAAUAUCCUAAGAAGAUAAUUACAGGAUUAGAGUUUACAGUCCAAAAUUAUUACCAAUCUCCCUUCAGGAAAUAUAGUAAUUAUGGGUCAAGCUAUGGAUUCUUACUUAGCUGUCUUUAAUACUACUAUAUAAGUGAAUGUUUCUCCAUUCUAGGGAGAUGAGUAGACAUUAUUGAGUUUAAUAGGUUCUGCGCUUUCAUAGUAAAAUAUAAAAGUAAAUUAAAUGCUCAUUAAUUUAUGCAUUAUUGGUGAAGAAUUAACUAAGAACACUACUCUUUACAAUCUAGAUUCUAUUAACUUCAGAAAGUAAAUGUUAGUAUAGUCAAUUAUAAGCUAUUCAAAUAGGCUUUCGAGUAAUUCUUUUUUGUCUACUUAUGGAAAUAAAGUUAUAGCAGCUCUUCAAGCUUCCAUAAAUAAUAAUUAUCAAACCUAAAGUUAUAAAGUCCUUGACUAUGUUAGUACAACUUUGCAAAACUCACAGCAAAAAAUUGCAAAUUAAAACAAUAAUAAUAAAUUAUUUAAUAAUAACGAUAUUGUUCUAUAGAAUUUGAUUGAUUGCUUUAAAAUAUUGAACUCAACUACCCAAGAGGCAUCAUAAACGCUUUAGUAGCAAAGUAACAAUAAUGGUAAAAGACUUUUAAAAAAUUAAGAAGAUUAUUCAAAUAUUUUAGACUCUUUUAGAUCCCUUUCUUCUAAUCAAACCAUGUUGCAACAACAAAUGAAUUUAUCAGAUUAAAUAGGAAAUCUAUUAAACAAAAUUACCCUUCCCAAUUAAGGAGACCUUUAAUUACAAGGAAAUUUAAUCUCUAUAAACACAGAGUAAAUAACAUCUAAGAAUCUUUAAAAAUACAUGUUUAUAUAAAACUAGCCAUCAUAAAAUGAUUCAAACAUUUAUAAUGUUGUCUUGACUAACUAUUCUUAUAACCCUUUUAUUAAUACUGAAGGCUUUUAGUCAUAUAUAAAUUAACUUUAAAACACGACUCCUGGUAUAUAAAUUUCUAUAAAUUCUGUGGUAAAACCAUUUAUCUAAAAUAUAAAUAAUGCCACUAGUUAAGAGUUUAAUAAUUCUCUUAGUCUUUAAUUUUCGAAUAUUAAACCAUCAAAAUAUAAUUUAACUUGCUUGUAGCAAAAUUCUUAAUCAAAAUGGACUCAAUCAGAUUGUAAAUUGAUUUAAUCUACCCUAAGUGGAUCAUAUACCUGUGUUUGUAAAAAUCAAAAUCCAACAACUAUUGCAGAAGAUUUAUAAGACCUUCUUGAUAAUAAAAAUUUAAAAACUGCAUUUGGCUCAUAGGGAAUAUAAAAUAUUUCUAAUUUUACAACAUUCUAUGAGUAUGCUGUAUUUUGGAUUCUUAGUUCAGUAACACUAAUCCAAAUAGGACUUUGCAUUUAUGGUCAUUUGCUAGAUUCUAAGAAUAAAAUUACAUUUGUAGGAUCUAUGUCAAAAAUCAAUCCAAUAUCUUUAGCAAAUUUUGAAAAUUUUGAUUAAAAAAUUACAAAUGAGUAAAAUCAACUACAACUAAAUUAAUAAAAAUAAGAAUCGGAUAAAUUAUAAUAAAAGGAAUCGACUGUUUUUAUAAAUUACUUGCAAUUAAGAUAAUAAUCUUAAAGAGGAACGUAAUCAAAUAUAAACCUAAAAAUACCUGAAAAUGAUUAUCAAGGAAGUAAAUUAUUUAUUUAAUAAUAAUAAAAUGAUAUAAACAACCAAAAAGUUUAGAACUUGUAGUCUUUAUCUGAAAACCAAAGCAUUUAAAGCAUAUAUCUGAGUUCAAAAGAUAAUAAAUAGGAAUUAAAAUUCGGUUAACCGAACAUCAUUACUGAAUAAGCUAAGGAUAUAAAAGCAAAGAAUAUUGAAGACAAAAGCAAAUAAAGUAAAGAAUAAUAAAAGGAUAUAGUUGAAAUAUUAAAAGGAUCAAAAAAUACUAAAAAAUUAAUGCAGACCUCUUUAUUGAAAAAGAUAUUAAUUUUUCACAAUUUUAGCAGUAUUUUCUUUGUUUACAGUAGUUAAGAAUCUAGAGCACUAAGAUUUAGCAUUUUCUACUUAAGAGUAAUUCACUCAUUAAGCAUAUCAACGAUAUUUGAUUAACAGUACAAUGAAGAGUAGAUUAUUAUAGUUUCACUUAUAAACUCUGUUAUUCUGAUAGCAAGUGUUACGUUAAUUAGAUUUUUGUAUAAAUCUAGAAAAAUAUUUAAAAUGGUAGCUUUUUUGGUAAUGAUGGGUUUGCUUGUACUAUAUUAUUAUAUCAUUUUAUCAAUUGUGAGCGGUCAAUCAAAUGAUUUCUCAAAUAAAAGGAUAUCUUCCUUUUUUAUAAUAUUUGGAGUAGAUUUCUUGAUCUUAUCAACAUUAAUCUCUAUAAUUAACAUAUAUGCAUUUAUUAAAAUAGUUAAAAAUGCAAUUAAAAACAAAUACAUAUUAAAAUUAUUAAGUUUAUUAUAAAUAUAAGAUAUUUUAGAAAAUUUAGCUUUGUGA